AUGAAGAAUCAAGGCGGCGAGACCAAAGCAGCCCCACGCCCUGCCAGCUCUUCCAAAAUGAGCAGCGGCCUGGUGCUGGAGGAGGGCGACUCGCUGGAGACCGCAGCACCCCCGGAAGCUCCUCUUGCACAGGAGGACACCAAAUCCUCCCGGCCUGCCGUGCGUGAUGUCUCCGAAGAGCUAAGCAGACAGCUUGAGGACAUCUUGAACACAUACUGUGUGGAUGCCAGCCAGGAGGGUCCAGGCGAGGACGGUGGGCAGAGCGAGCCCGCGGAGCCGGAAGAAGCCGAGAAGUGUCGUAGCGAGUCCCCAAGGAACGGUGACCAGGAGACGGGUGGCCCUGAGAUGAACGGGGAGAAGGAAAGCACAAAGGGGACUGAAGAGUUUCGAGCUGGCGAGGAGUGUGGGGAGCGAGAUCAGAAGAAGGCUCAGGAAAAGAAGAAAGCCAAGGGCCUAGGCAAAGAAAUCACUUUGCUGAUGCAGACGCUGAACACCCUGAGCACGCCGGAGGAGAAACUAGCAGCACUGUGCAAGAAAUACGCUGAGCUGCUGGAAGAGCACCGUAACUCCCAGAAACAGAUGAAGAUCUUGCAGAAGAAGCAGACGCAGCUGGUGCAAGAGAAGGACCACCUGCAGAGCGAGCACAGCAAGGCCAUCCUAGCCCGUAGCAAGCUGGAGAGCCUGUGCCGCGAGCUCCAGAGACACAACCGCACCCUCAAGGAGGAGGGUGUCCAGCGUGCACGGGAGGAAGAGGAGAAGCGGAAGGAGGUGACCUCCCACUUCCAGGUGACGCUGAACGACAUUCAGCUCCAGAUGGAGCAGCACAACGAGAGGAACUCCAAGCUGCGCCAGGAGAACAUGGAGCUGGCAGAGCGGCUCAAGAAGCUCAUUGAGCAGUACGAGCUGCGGGAGGAGCACAUUGAUAAGGUGUUCAAACACAAGGACCUGCAGCAGCAGCUAGUGGAUGCCAAGCUCCAGCAGGCGCAGGAGAUGCUGAAGGAGGCAGAGGAGAGACACCAGCGGGAGAAGGACUUUCUCCUGAAGGAAGCUGUGGAAUCGCAGAGGAUGUGUGAACUGAUGAAGCAGCAGGAGACCCAUCUCAAGCAGCAGCUGGCGCUCUACACAGAGAAGUUUGAAGAAUUCCAGAACACCCUUUCCAAAAGCAGUGAAGUGUUCACAACAUUUAAACAGGAGAUGGAGAAGAUGACUAAGAAAAUCAAGAAGCUGGAGAAAGAAACCACUAUGUACCGCUCUCGCUGGGAGAGCAGCAACAAGGCUCUCUUGGAAAUGGCUGAAGAGAAAACCCUUCGGGACAAAGAGUUAGAGGGGCUUCAGGUGAAAAUCCAGCGCUUGGAGAAACUGUGCCGAGCCCUGCAAACGGAGCGCAACGACCUCAAUAAGAAGGUGCAGGACCUGUGUGCCCACGCACCCCGGGCAGACACGGACCUGUUGGAGCCUUUGAAGGACCCAUCUCGGGAGGGCUCCGAGGCGGCAGCGGGAGGUACCCCAGCAGAGCAGCGCCCAGCUGAGGAUUACCUUCACUCAGGAAAGCCAACGCACAGCACGGAUCCUGCGGAGAGCCUGGGAGAACUGAGCAUAGGAGCCUUGGGGCAGAGUGGGACUGAGGAAGGCACUCAGGGCGCUGACUGAGCCCGCUGCGCGGCAGGCAGAGGUAGGGCGAGGGAGGGUAACACGAAUGUUUCCAUAGGCUCGAUCUGAUGCCCCUGUCCUUGUCUUUGGACAGGUACGAGAGGACAGCCCUCCUGGGGAUUUGAGAUUUCCUAGCUUAGGUUUUUGGAGGGUUUUCUAAAUUUUAU